CCUAAACUAAACUAAACUGAAGCAGCCGCCGCCGUCGUCGUCGUCCUCUUGUCUAUCUUCCUGUUCGCUCCUCCAUCUUCUAAACCUAAAAAACAAACAGCCGACUGAGAGAUCUUCUUUCAUUCAUUCUACGAUUCAGCAGGGAGGGAAGGUAAGGUUCAAUCAGCAAGCAAGCAAGCAGAUUCUACAAUGCAAUUGGAGGAAAAAGUAGCAUCAGGAGACGAAUCAAACCCUUGCCUCAGCAAAUCCACCCGUCUUCCACGAAAACGGUUUUACCGAGCACGAGCUCAUAGCAAUCCGUUAAGCGAUUCCCAUUUCCCCGUCCCGACUUCCCCUCUUCAUGUAGAUUACUCCCUUCACUUUCCUCACUUUUUCCCAUCACCCGAUUCCCCGAAAAAGAUAGAAUUUGCAGAUAUCGGGUGUGGGUUCGGAGGACUUUUGAUCAGUCUUGCAACCCUUUUCCCCGAUACCCUAAUGAUCGGAAUGGAGUUGAGAGACAAGGUAACGGAAUACGUCAAAGAACGGAUUCUAGCUUUGCGUGUUUCAAACCCGGGCCAAUACCAGAAUGUAUCCGUUGUUAGAACGAAUUCGAUGAAGUAUAUUCCGAAUUACUUUGAAAAAGCACAGCUUUCGAAGAUGUUUUUCUUGUUCCCGGACCCGCACUUCAAAGAAAAGAACCAUCGUAGGCGUGUGAUUAGCCCGUUUUUGUUAGAUGAGUAUGCGUAUGUGAUUAAGCCUGGUGGGAUUAUAUACACCAUAACUGAUGUGGAAGAGCUUGGAGAGUGGAUGAAGUCGUGUUUGGAAAAUCAUCCGAUGUUUGAAUCGCUCACUGAAGAAGAGCUUGAAGCCGAUCCGGUGGUGAAGUUGUUGAGUUGUGCAACUGAAGAAGGGCAAAAGGUGUCGAGAAAUGGUGGGCAGACUUUUAAAGCCGUUUUUAGGCGUAUCGUCCUCAAAGAUUGAAUGCAGGACUGUAGGCACAGUGUGUAAUUUGAAUGGUAAAAGAGCCAAACAAAACAACAGUUUCUUAAUUCACUAAGGUUCCGGAUAUGUCUUGUUUUGUUUUGUUUUGUUUUUCUUUUGAUUACAGAGAACGGUUCUUGUUUUGUUUUCUUUUAGUAACAAAGAACGGCAUGAGAUAUCUAACAGACUAGAUGGCUGUUGAUAUUCGAUCCAUCGGUACUACACGACACUCGAUACCACGGCUGCCCGAAACAUCAUAAGUGAAGCAUAGUGAUUUCAUAACCGAUUGAGAAACAAUCAAUGGUUGUCG